GCAAUAGGUUUUACGGAGGAUACGUAGCUGUCGUGUAUACGACUUUGAUUGCUUUUCUGCUGGGACCUUUGGUCGUGCCAGUUCCAUUUCCAUUGGACGCGGAAUAUCCAUUCAGUGUUAAUUAUACACCAGUCGCUUCUACUUUUCUUCACGGUCGCGAGAUUCGAAUGUCUGGCUAUGGAGUUCGAAAAGAGCAGGAAUAUUGAUAUGCUGAUAGUUUGCAUUAAGAAACAGUUGUAUUUGAGAAGAUACGCGGAAGAUGUGAUCAGUUGCUUCCGCUUUGUAGUAUUUUAUGCUAUAAUAGUAAGCACGUGCGGACUAACUUUUUGCGGCAUUAUAUUUCUUAUGUGUAAUUUACGCAAACAGAAUCUGUCAAUGACUGUGAAGCUGCAGUUCGUAACCAUAUGUAUGACAGGACUCGUGGAAAUGUACAUGUUCGCAUGGCCAGCUGAUCACAUUAAAGAUAUGUUCAAAAUCCUGACAUGGACGUUCACAUCUCUAGGAAUCUCUUUGAAACAAAAAUUAAGAAAGUAUCUAUCUAACAAGAGAAGGUUAAGGAUGAAAUGAAGAAUUUAGAACAUCAUGGAUCAAGAAGUCGUCCAAAAUUCAAAAGAAAUUUUUCUCUGUAUUUCUGUUUCUCUUCGGGAAUAUAUGAUAAUUUCAUAAAAAUGUUCAUUUUGUUCUGAUCAAGCAUAACCUUCUGUAA